CUUCCUUGUCCCCGCCCGCCUCCUUACUGCCGGAUGUGUGAUGUGGCUCGAGGCAACUCGUAACUAUGUCUGCAAUCUUCAAUUUUCAGAGUCUACUCACAGUAAUCUUACUCCUUAUAUGUACCUGUGCAUACAUAAGAUCCUUGGCUCCCAAAUUACUGGAUAACAAUCAAACUGGAUUACUGGGUAUAUUCUGGAAGUGUGCCAGGAUUGGUGAACGGAAGAGCCCUUAUGUUGCUGUGUGCUGUAUAGCGAUGGCCUUCAGUAUUCUGUUUGUCCAGUAACAGUUGGGGAAAAGUCAGGAGUAUGUUGGCUGUCUAACUACAGUAGAAUAAAAGACUCUGGGAAGCAGAAAAAAUGGAAAAUGUAUUCACCUUAAUUAUCCACCAGACAAGACAAAUUUGUGACAAGUUUCAUAUCUUCCAUAAUAGAAGAGGGGUGCAUUAAUUUGUAAUAAUUUGUUUAUUAAUAGUCAUAUUUGUAGAUUUUCCCUAUUCCUUCAUGUGUACUGUAUUCUGAAUUUCAAUUGAGAUUUUAGACAGAUGGCUUAAAUUCCUGUUUGAGAGGUGAACUUGAUGUUAAAAUCCCAAACCCUUUUUAAAAAAUGUAGUUAU